AUGAUUCCACAGCAAUGGGCACCACCUUGUAACAAGCAAUGCACCAAUAAAUUCUCAUCUCUCACCCAAAUUCCUUGGAGAGUUUUUUGCAAAAAGGCAUGUGAUGCUGAUGGUGAUACAUGGGAGGAAUGUUUGGAACAAUGCGAUGAGAUGUGCUACAAGGAUCCUGUUCUGAAGGAUCAACAAUGGAGUGCUUAUAUUGAUCGUUCCCCCGGUUCUGCUAGCUACUCUGAGGAUUGUCAUCGCGCUUGUGCAGCUGGUUGUGGUUUCAAGUUUGAUAUCCCUUCUGAGGAAGUAGACAAAAUCCAAUCAAACAGAUCUUCCAGGCCUCCUGCAGAAGAGGAGCCAGAUGAUAAAAAAAGUCCACCUCUUAAAGCUACUUGAAGAUUUUCUUUUGACAUUUUAUGUAACUAAUUCUUUAAUG